CAUGGAGAAGGUCGCCGACCCGGCGCGCGCUGAUGUGUAUGUAAAGUUGGUGCCUAGGCCCUGGCUGACUAGUGACUCGAUCGACUCGACAGAUUUUGCUAUAGAUUUCCUCGAAGACGUCGUCGGGAAAAGAUUUUCAAGAUGAGUAAGAAUGCAUAUCAUUGGGAGGCGAGAUUUAGACAGCGUCAGGUGGACAAGGCGAACGCUUAUAGGCAGCGAAUGGCCGAACAAGAGGCAGAAGAGGAACGAAUAAGGAGCGAGUUAGCAGCGAAACAGGCCCGGGAGAGACAACAGCAAGAGCAGGCCCGUAAGGCGGCCCUUCAAGAGCAAAUCCAAUCCAGGGAUAAGAGUGGCAUGAAUAAAUCCUACAGGGAACGUGAGCAGCAACUACAGCGUUUACUGCAGGAGCGACGCUGGCACAACGACAUGAUCAAGCGAAUGGAGGAAGGCGAAAGAACCCAACUGCACAGCGACGCCCUGCGAGACCACCAGAGCAAGUCAAAAGUCUUGCGGGACCAUGGAUUGUACCGCGGUGACCCAUCGUUCUUCCUAGAUCCCGAAUACUCUUGAAAAACACUAGGACUUUUACAUGUACAUAGAGGGCGCUAUUUCGUUCCACUGGGUAUAUACCCCCGUUUCAUUUCUCAAACUUAUUAAGGGUGCAACCCAGUAAAUAUGCCCAAAAAAAUCCAUCCGCAGAGCUUAUGAUAGAAGACAGGUGCAUACCUAUGUUCCCCAAUACCGAUGUUCCCCAACCCAAACCCUAUUCCUAAGGAGUUUGGGGUACACACCUCUGGCCUGGAUUUGGGGCUUUCAAUUCUGAGCAAAGUGGCGCUAUUUAGCCAUGUUGUCAAGGCCGGGGUCCUUUU